AUGCAAUCCAACGACGACAAGCGGAGAUGGAGCGACCUACCAAAUGAAGUAGUUCUCGACAUCGCUGGCGCUGCCGAAUUCGACUUUGCGAUGCUGUGCAAUCUGCAGCUCGUGGACCGGCGGCUGCACCACGUCCUCAAGACCUAUGAGCGCUCGCUGUGCAAAGGCUAUGCUGCCAACCAGCUGCUACAUGUCAUCCCCUACUUUCCGGACCUCGUAUCGCCGCAGUGUGGAACACGCAGCAAUGUCGGAUGCGUCUCUGGCCUCUCGUUCAGCUUAUUGGCAGAGGUCCAGCGUCGUUCUACAGCUCUGGCGACGUUGACCCGCGAAGUCUUCAGACUCGCGCCCGUAUGCUGCUGUCUUCACGGAUGGCACCAGAUAUUCAAGGCCGGGAUGCUGCUCCUCUACCGCCUGUCCGAACGUUGUAUGCACCCCACAGUCUUCGUUUUGGGCGGGAAGCUCAUGAAAACAGGGGACUAUGAUGAAAAAGUCAACUUCAUCAUGUCCAUGCCCCUCCACGCUCUUGUUACCAUCUUCGUCGCGCUCGCACAGAGCAUCCGGGCGGCGCAAAUCGGCGGCAGCGGUCUCAUCCACCGGGACUCGCAGCCUGACGACCCGUCAGCUCGCAGCGACAUCCACCUUGUGUUCGAAGAUCUUGUUCUCCAGGCCGGUCCGGAGCUUGUGAUAGACACGCUGAACCACGACAAGAGGGCAGAGCACGUGCUCAAAGUCCGAUACACCAGCCUCGAAGAGAUGCAGACGGACGACGUAGACGGCACGCCGCCGCGCAAGUCGUUCAUUUCCCAGCUCAAGCGAGCGUUCGCAGCCGAAUGCGAAUGCCGCAUCAGUGAGGUAAUGAGCAAGGCGAUGGAACUGGCGCAGACCAGGCCGCUGCGGAACAUGGAGGAAGCCGAUGUCAUCAAUCUAGUGCGAUUCGACGAGGAAGUCGGAUACCGCGGAUGA